UCUGCUGAACGCGCCCGCUGCACUUCAAAUGCACCUCAAAGCUCUCGUCUCCCUCCCCCAAGGCUCAACCAACACACAAGCACACACCCCCUCCUUCCACAAUGGGCAAGUCCUCAAAGGAUAAGCGCGAUAUCUACUACCGGCUGGCCAAAGAGCAGGGAUGGCGGGCUCGGAGUGCGUUUAAGCUGCUGCAGAUAGACGAGGAGUUCAACAUAUUCGACGGCGUGAGGCGAUGCGUUGACCUGUGCGCUGCUCCAGGGAGCUGGAGCCAGGUCUUGAGUCGGAAACUGAAAAGCGAGGAUGCGAGCGACCCGGCGAAGAUUGUUGCGGUGGAUCUCCAAGCUAUGGCGCCACUGCCCGGCGUGAUCCAGAUUCAAGGUGAUAUUACCAAAACAUCGACAGCGGUGGAAAUCAUCUCCCACUUCGAGGGAAAGCUGGCGGAUAUGGUGGUUUGUGACGGCGCACCAGAUGUGACGGGACUACAUGACAUGGACGAGUACAUUCAAGCGCAACUUCUGUUAGCGGCACUGAACAUCACAACCCACGUCCUUCGUCCAGGCGGCACAUUCAUCGCCAAGAUAUUCCGCGGCAAAGACGUGUCCUUGCUAUACGCACAGCUGAAGAUAUUCUUCCCCGUCGUAACAUGUGCCAAACCCCGGAGCUCGCGAAACUCCAGUAUUGAGGCCUUCAUAGUCUGUCAAAACUACACCCCACCCCUCGGCUACAACCCCACCAUGCUCAACCCCCUCCUCGACUUCACCUACACCGACCCCACCACCCCAUCCUCAGAACCCAACCCGCUCCCCUCGACCGCCGAACGCAACGAGCUCGAAGGGCUCAACCGUGUGAUUGUGCCGUUUGUCGCGUGUGGGGAUCUUAGCGGGUUUGAUUCGGAUAUGACGUACUCGUUGCAUCUUGACGAGGGACAAAGGACUAUGGGGGAGGCGGCGCCAGGGGACGGAAGGGGGUAUAGCGCGUUGGAACCGGUGCAGGGGCCGAUUAGGCCGCCGUAUCAGACUUAUAUUGAUAUGAAGAAGCGGAAUGAGAUUUGAGAUGGGAAAGAGGUAAAGGAGGAGGGAUGUGCCGCAAGCACACAUUCGAGCAUCCUAGAUUAUCUCGCCCGUGAGCGGGAGUCUUGGGAGCGGCGUAUGGAUUCAGGGCUGGGGUUGGAGUAGGAAGCAUGUGGGGAAGUCGCACCCCGCUCUCAGGCUCGUUCGGUAUGACGAUAUCAACAGACGGACGGCAUCACAUUGCAUUCCACCGCCCCAUGCACCAGCAGAGGCGCAACCCCGCCGGUCCUC